CCGCUUCAUUUCCGCAGUAGGCGUAGUAGUAGUAGUAGUAGUAGUAGAAGAAGAAGCGCUGUAAACGGAGGGAGAUUUGUUCAAUACGAGCUCCCAGUAUUUUCUCCGAGAUGGCUGAUCUGGAGGACGACACCAUGAUCUUCUCCACGCUGAAGUCUUUUAAGAGUUUAAUCGCUCGUCCUGAGCGCUCUGUGCUGGAGCCUGAGCCGGCGUAUGGCAGGAGCGACUUCCAGAAACUCUACACACAGAGAGUGGAGAUGGAGGAAGCAGCUGAACGAAUCCACUCCAAGACCAACCUGCUGCAGCUCACUCAGGAGAAACAGCAGAUGGAGCUGAGUCACAAGCGAGCGCGGAUCGAGCUGGAGAAAGAGGCUCACAACAGCUCCAGGGAUUUACAGAGACAGUUCGACCUGAACCAGGACCUGCUGACGAAGAUCAGACGCCUGGAGGAAAAAGAGGAGAAAACCCUCCAAGCGCUGAACGAGCAGCUGGAAAAGAACAAAUCCCUCAAGAGGACGGUGGAGGAGCUCCAGAAGCAAGCGUACGACAAGGACGGGAAACUCUCCGAGGCCAAUCAGAUGAUGGGCGAACUGAAGGACGAGAUCCGGACGCUGAACCAGAAGCUGCAGAUCCAGGAGUCGAAGUUCUCCACGCAGAGUUUGGAGAAGCAGGCUUUAGAGGAGCAGCUGGAGAUGCAGCAGAAGAAAUACCAGGAGGUGAAUCAGAAGUACCAGAACCUGCAGACGUCCCAGAUAUCCAACACUGAGAGUGAAAUCAAGAUUAAGGAACUGAAGAGGCGUUUGGAGCUGCAGGAGCAGGACUCGAUCAUCGUGAAGAACAUGAAGACCGAGGUGACCAGGCUUCCUGAACUGAAGAGAGAAAUUAAACGUCUGCAAGAGGAGAACUCUUAUCUCAGAGAGACGCGGGAGAACAGCAGUCUACUGAAAGAGGAGACGGAGGGAUUGAGGAGGAAGCUGGAGAGAAUGGAGAAGGUUCUAGAAGAGAAACUGAAGCUAGAACUGGAAAAAGAGAAAGUGGUUCAGGAGCUGCAGGCUUGGGAGAACCUCGGCCGGACCACGGGCCUGGACAUCAGGAAGCCGGAGGACUUGUCCAGGGAAGUGAUGCAGAUCCAGCAGAGAGAGCUGAGUCUGAAACAGCAGAACUACACGCUGACCAGCAACAUUCACGCGUUGGAGAAGACUCGCGUGCAGCUGCAGACGGAGACGAACGAGUUUCGCGCCAAAGCUCUAGAGGAGCAGAAGAAGCGAGAAAACCAGGACGCCCUGGUCCGCCGCCUGCAGAAGAGAGUUCUGCUCCUCACCAAGGAGCGUGAUGGUAUGAGGGCGAUUCUGGAGUCGUACGAUAGCGAGCUAGCAGCUAGUGAGUACUCUCCUCAGCUCACACGCAGAGUUAAAGAAGCUGAGGAGAUGCUGCAGAAGGUCCAGAAUCACAACGCUGAGAUGGAGAUUCAACUUUCUAAAGCACAGGAGGAGGCUGGAACCUUCAAACUGCAGGCACAAGAGGUUGCUGUGGAACUGGAGGCUCUGAAAGAACAGAAGUCUUCUGUUUCUGAGGCGAGUCACAUAGCAACAGAGGAGGAGAUUAAAUUCUUAAGGCAGAAGGUCGAGGAGCUGGAGUCAGAACGCCAGAAGCUGGAAGAGCAAAACAAUGUUCUGGAGAUGAGAUUAGAGAGACACAACCUGCAGGGAGAUUACGAUCCGGUGAAGACCAAGGUGGUGCACUUCCGUCUGAACCCCACCAGCGUGGCGAAGAAGGAGCGUGUCGAGGAGGUGGAGCAGCUGAAGGUGGAGUGCGAGCGUCUGCGAGAACGCCUUCGCAAGAUGGAGGCCGGAGGAGCCGUCCCGGCGGACGACACCACGCUGGUCAUUCCGCCCUCACAGGAGAUAUUAGAUUUGCGCAAACAGAUGGAGAGCGCUAAGCUGAAGAACCAGCGGCUGAAGGAGGUGUUCCAGAAGAAGAUCCAGGAGUUCCGGACCGCCUGCUAUGUUCUGACCGGGUACCAGAUUGACAUUACUGUGGAAAACCAGUACCGCCUCACCUCGGUGUACGCCGAGCGCAUGGAGGACUCGCUGCUCUUCAAGGCCAGCGGAGCGGUCGGAAGUGGAAGCAUGCAGCUGCUGGAGACGGAUUUCUCUCGUACGUUGACCGAGUUGGUGGAUCUGCAUCUCUUCCACCAGAAGAGCAUCCCGGUGUUCCUCAGCGCCGUGACGCUCGACCUGUUCAGCCGGCAAACCGUCGUUUAACACCGCGAUCGGAAAUCUUAGUUUUCUUCUUCUUCUAGAGAUGUGAUGAUACGCAGAAACGGACUGUUUAAAAAAAAAAAAAAGCUUUUAAAAGAUGUUUCGGUGUACGGAAUGUGAUCGUGGACCUCGAUCGUAGUCUUAAAGAAAAAAGAGUGGAGUUUAGCGUAAUGCAGUCAAGUACUUUAACGCAGACGCAGACGAGACGACUGCGCCAGUCGUUUCGCUCGCUUCAUCGGAUUCUUAAAAGGUCGUCAUGGCGUCGCUGUCCGAUUCGUCCGGCGCUGUAGAAAAACGUAACGGAUAUGAGCGGGUUUUUUUUUUUUAUUUACUUUCCUAAAUAAAGAAUCAUUCGAACGGUU